AUGACGCCGAAAGAAUCUGGAAAGCCUAUUUCGUGUGCAAUGAAGAAGUUGAAAGGCAAGAGAUCUAAGAUUUUGGUUUUAUCUAGAGAUGCGGGCACCAACGAAUUGAAGCCAACGAAAGGAAGAGCACAUCGAGCUUGCAUAGCUUGCAGAAAGAGGAAAGUACGAUGUAGUGGUAAUAUACCAUGUAGACUUUGCCAGACUAAUAGUUACGAAUGCAAAUAUGAUCGCCCCCCACGGAACUCAUCGGUAUUUGAUAGGGAAGUAAGCGAUGAUAGUUCCUUAUAUGCACAGAGAGCUUCCCACGAACGGGAAGAUAGCAAGGGCCCUAUAAGUUCCAUUGAUUACAAAAAGGUUGUAGAGACGAUCUUUCCACCUGAAACACUCCGUCAAAUACUUGCUUCUUCUUCUUUUAACAGCCAGAAUUUUUUGGACACUAUUAAAACGUGUCUACUUCAAGGACAAUUAAAUGUUAAUCAGGUAAUACGUCAAAGUCUACCAAAAGAUACGCCUUGGCACAUGCAAACAAGUGUUCCAUUACCACCCAGAGAGAUUGCCUUGAAAUUUAUUCAAAAGACCUGGGAUUGUGCCUGUGUGCUAUUUAGGUUCUAUCACAGACCUACUAUCAUUUCUAUCUUGGACUCGAUAUACGAAGCAGAAAAACAUGGCAAGCAAUAUACUCCAGAACAAGUGAAAACACAACCUUUAAUUUAUUCUGUUUUAGCAGUCGGAGCCCUUUUUUCUAAGGAAGAUCUCAGCAAGGAUAGUAAAGCAACUAGGGAAUUUUACACUGAUGAAGGCUACAGAUACUUUUUAGAGGCCAAAAACUCUUUGGACUUUUCUAAUAUUACUGACAUCUAUUCCAUUCAAGCUAUAUUUAUGAUGACGAUCUUUUUGCAAUGUUCAGCAAACUUGAAGGCUUGCUAUUCGUUCAUUGGUAUCGCUCUGCGUGCUGCGUUAAAGGAAGGUUUACACAGGCGGUCUUCCAUAGUUGGUCCUACUCCGAUUCAGGAUGAGACAAAAAAAAGGCUCUUUUGGUCUGUGUACAAACUAGAUCUGUACAUGAAUUGUAUUCUUGGUUUUCCAAGCGGUAUCGACGAAUCUGAUAUCGACCAAGAGUUUCCUCUAGACGUCGACGAUGAAAAUAUAUCUACUAUUGGAAUAAAGUUUCAAGAUUGGCGAACGAUAAGUUCCUGUGGAAUGAAUAAUAAGCAUACAAAGCUUAUUUUAAUCAUGUCUCGGAUCUACAAGCUAAUGUACUCUUUGAGAAGAAAACCAUUAGAAGAGGAUUCUAGGACGCAGAUUGUAUCGUUGAACGAUCAAUUAGAUAAUUGGUAUGCCCAAUUACCAGAUAUUUUGAAGGUUGACACAAUACGGUAUCGUCAAACGCAACCACCUCUAACUGUUUCCGCAAAUGAUACUAGUUCUCCAUACACUAAACCUAAGAAAUUAUUAUAUCUGGACUUCCUUCUAUCCAAAAUCGUACUCUAUAAACCAUUCUACCACUAUAUUUCUAUAGACCCGUUAGAUAUCCCAGAGUUCCAAUUUCAAAUUCACAUGGCGGAAAACUGUAUUGAAGUUGCCAAAAAAGUUAUUCAAUUAUCUUAUGAAAUGAUUACGCAAAACCUUUUGAGUGGUAGCUACUGGUUUUCCAUUCAUACAAUCUUUUUUAGUGUUGCUUGCCUCAAAUUUUAUGUCUACCAAACAGAAAAGGGCCUGAUACGAAAUGGGAAGGUUGAUUCGGAUAUUCAUAACGCUACGCAGCUUGGCAGUGAAAUAUUAUCACUUUUGAAGGGUGCUUCAAAUGCGAGUAAACGUACUUUUGAAGUAUUGAACCAAUUGUUCAAAGAGUUUAACGAGAAGACCUCUGUAUUAUCUGAACAACUUUUGAAUAUAGUUAAAUUGCAACGGCAAGAAAGUAGUGGAGCUUUAGUGCCCCAGUUGCAGACAAAUAAUAAUUUUACGAAGUGCCAAGGAGAAUUACAUCAUGGACAGCAGCAUCACCAAACUCCAGCCACGAGUCUUCGUUCCAUUCUGAAUCUUCCACAAGGGGAAGCUGAUCUAAAGUUUCAGAAUACCAAUAAUGAGAGCCAUACAACGACAGCUGCACAAGAAGAAUACUUAGAUAAACUUCUAGCAGAAUUUGAGGAAUUUGACUACUCAAUUAACAGAGUAUUACCUGAUGUCAUCGAUUUUUCAGCACUAAUUGGCCAAGAUUCUUCUGCCAACAAUCAAAUAUUUUCCUCAGAAUUCAGCUCUGACCCAACAGUAAAUUGA